GGAAUAUAUGGAUCAAUAGUUGACCCAGUUGGUGGAUUAUGAAGAAGCCCAAAACCUUCUGUAUCGAGUUUUAGGCUUCUAGGUUUCACCAGAACUCGGACGCCACAACCUCUGAACUGCCCCUUCUCUCACUCACUCACCCUCAGUAACCAGAUGGCAAGCAGAGCUAUAGAUUACGCUAUUGGCAGCUGCAAUCCGUUGUCCGCAGCUGGAUUUUGUCCGAAAAGCGCGAGAGUCAGGAUAUUUACUGUCAAGUGCUCGGCGGCUUCGGUUGCUACCAGCGGUGCCAGUGUUGCAGGUUCGCCUGAGAAGCCGUGGAAGGUAGCGGAUGCUAGACUUGCACUGGAAGAUGGUUCCGUUUGGAGAGCAAAAUCGUUUGGUGCUACUGGUACACAAGUCGGUGAAGUGGUCUUCAAUACAUCUUUGACAGGGUACCAGGAAAUUCUUACAGAUCCUAGUUAUGCUGGCCAAUUUGUGCUAAUGACAAACCCACAUAUCGGAAAUACUGGCGUCAAUUUUGAUGAUGAAGAAUCUCAACAGUGUUUUCUUGGUGGUUUGGUGAUCCGAAGUUUAAGUAUCAGUACCUCUAAUUGGAGAUGUACGGAAACACUAGGUGCUUAUUUGGCAAAAAGAAACAUCAUGGGAAUCUAUGAUGUUGAUACUCGUGCAAUCACACGUAGAUUAAGACAAGAUGGAAGCCUCGUUGGUGUGCUUAGCACAGAAGACUCUAAAACGGACGAGGAACUCUUGGAAAUGUCUCGUACAUGGGAUAUCGUUGGUGUGGAUUUGAUAAGCGGUGUUACUUGCAAGGCCCCUUAUGAAUGGGUCGAUAAGACUGACAAAGAGUGGGACUUCAAUUCUAAUCAGAGGGAGAAAGAGACUUUCCAUGUAAUUGCAUAUGAUUAUGGUAUCAAGCAUAAUAUACUGAGGCGCUUGGCAUCAUAUGGUUGUAAGAUAACAGUCGUCCCUUCAACAUGGCCAGCAUCUGAAACUCUAAAAAUGAAGCCUGAUGGAGUUCUUUUCAGCAAUGGCCCAGGUGAUCCUUCUGCAGUUCCUUAUGCAGUUGAAUCAGUUAAGAAAAUAAUUGGAGAAGUUCCUGUAUUUGGAAUUUGCAUGGGUCAUCAAUUGCUUGGCCAAGCACUAGGUGGUAAGACCUAUAAGAUGAAGUUUGGUCACCAUGGAGGAAAUCAUCCAGUUCGGAACAUUCGGACUGGCCGCGUAGAGAUAAGUGCGCAGAAUCACAACUAUGCUGUUGACCCUGCAUCACUUCCCAAUGGCGUGGAGGUGACUCACUUGAAUCUUAAUGAUGGCAGCUGUGCGGGUCUUGCCUAUCCUCAACGGAAGCUCAUGUCUCUUCAGUACCAUCCUGAAGCAUCUCCAGGACCUCAUGAUUCUGAUCCUGUUUUUGAAGAGUUUGUGAAGCUGAUGAAGCGAGAAAAACAAAACUUGUGAUCUGGAUUCUGCAAAAAUUGGCCAAUCUAAAUUCAAAUUUAUUCUGAUGAUGGUGAUUGGAGAGCCUGAAGGAUGGGUUAUAAAUGAUGAAAAUGCAAAAGUUCAUGAAGGAUCUGGACCCAAUCCAUCUGGUUCUCUAGUAUACUAAUGAUUGUUAGUGACAUGCUCAAUCACAUGUUUUUGCAGUAUUAGCCCAUUAUAAUCAGAAAGAUCAGAGCAUGUCAGUUUUUAAAAUUUUAAUGCAAUGGUUUUGUAAGGGUAUAUUAUUACUUGUAGUCUUGUAGAAUGCCAAAUUGGUUUUGUAGCUGAGUAUUUCUGUAGAAUACCAUGUAGGGUGCUGUAUUGUAUGGAUGAUGUUUGGGGGCUCUAAUGUUUUCACAAUAAAAAAAACUCAGAUUAUGAUAA